UCGUAGCAACCGUUCGUUGCAGCCUCGACUCGCAGCCAGCCUCUACUGUCGUCAGUAUAUUGAUGUCAGGAAAGGAUGGCGCGAGAAAUGAGCUUUGACACUCAAACCCAGAAUUUCUGGAAAGAAUCGAUCAACAAAGAGGCUCAAGUUCGACUCACGUGGCAUCUCCAGUACAGCAAGGCAUUCGCUCGUGGCGACUACAAACGCAAACCACGCAAACCAAACAUGGUGCCUAAUCCAAUAAGACUGAUAAAGCCGAUUGCGAAGCAGUCCAAGACGGAAAAACAAGAGAAAACGGACAAACCGGAUGGUAAACAAAACCCCAUUGAACUAAUCGAGAUGCGUCCUGUCUCAGUCGCUACCAAACAGCUGCUAUACACUGGACUGAGUGCUGAGGGCGAGGGCAGGCAAUCUUACUUGCAAGUGAGAAAGACGUUGAAACCCGAAGAGAAGUAUGACUAUCCGUUGACAAAUGCUUGGUUGUAUGGAUGGAAAAUUAAUGAAGUCAGUGACGUCAAAUCGUCGCGAUUUGGAAGAACGAAAAUCGUCAAAGAUUCGUUUUAUAGAGAGAACGGCGUUUUUUGACCGGCUCGAUUGUAUUGUAGUGGUCGAAUGGCUGGUAGGAAGUUGAUGGGUCUGAUGUGUCUGAAUGAGAUGGGUGUACUGUACUGAUUAGGUAUAUUAUUUCAUGCGGGAUGUAUUUAUCAAAUGUGCUUUGUAGUGUGAUCUGAGUAGUCUGUCCCUAGCAUAUAUUUGUAUUUGAAGAAUAUAUUAUGGUCAGGAUUUGACUCUCA